UAUCGAUCUUUAUAAAACACAUUCUCUUUGUGGCAUUACAUCGAACACCUUGCGCGCAUAAGGGUUUUUUCGAGAAACCGAUAAAGCUUCUGGUCAAGCUAGAGGCUUUCACAGCUGUAAUACAGAAUUCUCCAGUUCCAUUGAAGUCGGAGAUCGUACCGUCACCGGAAUCUGAUUUCAGGUAAGCUUCUCUUCUUAUUGGAAUCGAGAUUUGAUAACACAAAUCCGACCAAAGAUUCGAAAUUUCGAGAUUUGUCUGGUUUUAGUGUCCAGGGUCUUUGUGGGUUUUUGAAGAACGAGAUUAAAGUUUGGUUAUUUGUAGAAAUUGAAAAGUCUCUGUUUUGAUGAAGGGCUCAGGUUAAGAUGAGUUUAAGUAGAGCAAAGGAUUUGAGACUUCCGUUGAUGAAUUUGGUUAGACUUAAAGGUACACCAAUUUUGGAGCAACUUCAUUUAGAAGAAAGGCUUCUUAGAACAUCUUCUGAUAAUUGGUGCAUUGUUAAUGAUGGAACCAAUGUUCCUACCAUUGUGAUGGGAAUGUCAGGGAAGCCUUCUCAGCUUCUUGAGGUUGGACCAGUUAUGGAAGAUCGAAUACCGGUGAUUAAACGAUUUACGGGAGGAGGAACUGUGAUUGUGGAUAAGAGUACUUUGUUUGUGAGUUUGAUUUGUAACAAGGAUGAUGUACCAAAUGUUCAGCCUUAUCCUCGUUCUGUUAUGGCUUGGAGUGGUUCGUUGUAUGAUGAAGUGUUUAAGAGUGUUAAUGGUUUCCAACUACGUGAGAAUGAUUAUGUGUUUGGUGAUCGUAAGUUCGGUGGGAAUGCUCAAUCGAUAAUUAAGAAUAGAUGGAUUCACCAUACUUCAUUUCUAUGGGACUAUGAUGUGAGAAACAUGGCUUACCUUAAGCUGCCUUCGAGAGUGCCACAGUACCGGUUGGAAAGAGAUCACACAGAUUUCGUGUGUAGAAUGAAGGAUUACAUUGAAAGAUCAGAUUUUGUUGAGAAGACAGUAAAAGCUGUAAGGAACCAAUUCACAUUGAAGCAAGUGAACCUUGAAGAUAUUGAUUCCUAUGCGAAAGGAGGAUAUUUGAAGACUACGAGGCUUCUUACGAUGGAAGAACUCGAAGAAGCAAUGGCUGAUACCAUUCAAAACACAUGAGAGUAUUGCUAUAGUUUAUUUGGUUCUCGAUUCUUUACCUCGGGUUAGACCGUUAGAGCCACCACUACUUGAGAUAAUUUUGUGCUGGUUAUUGAUUUUGUAAUACUGAUUUAAAACUUUGAAUCAGAAAAGAAAAGAUACUUGAUGUCUUUAGCUUGUCAUGUUAAUGGCUAACAAAAGAAAAGUCAGAGACUUUGAUAAUAAUGACAGGAGUAAGCAACUUCUUGAUUAGUUCCCAC